AUGAAAAGGCAAGUAGAUGAGUUACAAAGUGGAAAGAGCAAAAUAGCUCUGGAUUUGGAUAAGAAACUGCAAUCAGGUUACAACGGAUAUGUUCCACCUGAAUUUGAAACAGAAAUCGACACUGUUGCAGUACCAAAGACAGACCAACAAAUAGAAGAUUUUUUCCAAAAGUAUGUUGUUUCAAGGAAACCUUGUAAGAUUGACGGUGUUCCAGACGAUAUUUCGUUCUUGCAAAAAUUGAAGCCUUCAAAGAUACGAGACUAUUUACCCAGUGAGGAAAUCUUGACUAUUGAGAAGAAGAAUGAGGGCGGGUUUGGAAGUGGGGCCAGACGACUCAAGAUGUCUUUCGGUCAAUUUCUGGAUAAAAUCAUGGAGGAGAAGGAUACAGGGUUGUAUUUGACUACGCAGUAUUUGGAAGAUGACCCUAAUAACGGAGAUUACUCGACUGAUGAGGAGGAAAAAGAUCAAGUGCUAGAAGAAGAUUUCGAGACAGGUUCUAUAACCUUUGAAAACUUACAUGAUGAUUUUGAUGAUCUGGAAGAGGAAGAUGACGAAGUUGAUAAGGAUGAUGAGGAGAGUGAUGACCAGGAGGAGUAUGAAAUCAGAGUCAAGGAAUUGUAUCAAUCUCCAAUGACAAAUCUUGUGAAUGUUGUUCCUGAGACUCCAAAGUUUCUCAACUAUUUGAUCCCACAACAAAUAAAUCUAUGGAUUGGGGCCGCAAAGCCGCUGGCUGACCACUCCGGUGACGACAGUUGGCUGGCCAAGUUCGAUCCCAACGAUCCGAAGGGCAGACUAGGGUUGGGAAGAAAUGUACCAGGUGGUGGUUCAUCAUCAGGUUUGCAUCAUGAUCAUGCUGACAACCUCUACGUUCCCGUAGCUGGCCGCAAGAGGUUCACUUUAUUCGCACCUUGUGAUGCAGCAAAGAUGUACACAGUGGGCGAUAUCCGUCAAUUUUUCCCUUCAGGCGUCAUCGAUUAUUUCAACAAUAAGAAUGCCCCACUUUGGAGGCAACUUCGAGAUGAUGGUGCGAUAGUCGCUGAAGUUUACAAAACCCUUUUGACCACCUCAUUAGACGACGAGUUAAAAAACAAAUAUGAGGAAUUAAUCGAUGACGACUUGAAGAAGCAAUUAAGGUCAAGAGAUGUAGAUGCCAGAGAAUUAGAUCCGCCCUCUUUUUCGACUGUACCACCUAGCGUAGUGCAUUUGGGAGAUAUUAAUAACGAAAAACUAAGAGAAUCAAUUACCAAAGCUGCAGGGAAACUGUGGCCGUCAUUUUCCGGUUCCCAUAGGAUUUCAGUUGACUUAAAACCAGGUGAAAUGUUGUAUUUGCCAACGGGCUGGUUCCAUGAAGUGACUUCAUAUGGUAAUAAUGACAAGAGCGACAAAAAUGUGCAUGUUGCUGCAAACUACUGGUUUAUUCCACCUACUGGUCAAUCAAGACAAAGAGUUUACUUAGACGACUACUGGCCCAACGAUUAUAAAAUUACUCAAAGGGCACUAUCAGCUUUGCGCAGUCAAGAUCUUGAAUGA